GGAAAUUUUGGUAGGGUUGGUCUCUUGCGUUGCCAAUCAGAAGCAAGAACAAUGUGACUAGCUGAGCUAUGUUCACACUAAAGGUCUCAGACAUGCAAUUAAUGUUAUAAAUGAGAUAGUAGCAUCUUGGUUAGCAAACAGUGGAAAAAGAUGGAUGACAGAAUGAACAAGAGUGACAAAGACGAAAUGGAGAAGGAGAAAGCUACCGUCGCAACAGAUGAUGAGCCUGAAAUCAACUACAGAGGAUGGAAAGCCAUGCCAUUUAUUAUAGGGAAUGAAACCUUUGAGAAACUGGGAGCCAUUGGUACCUUAGCCAACUUGUUGAUCUACCUCACUACUGUCUUCAACUUGAAGAGUAUUACAGCUGCAACUAUGAUUAAUAUCUUCAAUGGCACUACAAAUUUUGGAACCCUGGUCGGAGCUUUCCUCUGUGAUACUUACUUCGGCCGCUACAAAACCUUGGGAUUUGCUACAGCUGCCUCUUUCUUGGGAUUGCAAGCAAUACAACUAACAGCAGCCAUUCCAGAGUUGCAUCCUCACCGGUGUGCAGCAAAAGAGAGUGGGGAAUGCGAAGGGCCAACAGCAGGGCAACUGGCAUUUCUGCUAAUGGGUUUGGGGCUAAUGAUUGUGGGAGCUGGGGGCGUUCGGCCAUGUAACUUAGCAUUUGGGGUGGACCAAUUCAAUCCUAAAACAGAAGCUGGAAAGAGAGGAAUCGACAGCUUCUUCAAUUGGUACUUCUUCACCUUCACUUUUGCGCAGAUGGUAUCCUUAACCCUCAUCGUCUACAUUCAAUCAAACGUGAGUUGGGCUAUUGGCCUUGGGAUUCCUGCAACUCUCAUGUUUAUAGCUUGUGUGGUGUAUUUUGUUGGUUCCAAAAUAUAUGUCAAAGUUAAAGCUACUGGUAGUCCAAUGACCAGUGUAGCACAAGUAAUAGUGGUAGCUAUCAAGAAAAGGAAAUUAAAACCUGUGGAACAGCCUUGGCUCUCCCUUUUCAAGUAUAUUCCUCCCAAUUCUAUCAACUCCAAGCUUCCCUACACCGACCAAUUCAGAUUCCUGGAUAAAGCAGCAAUUGUGACACCCCAAGAUGAAAUAAAGGGUGAUGGAUCACCAGCGGAUCCAUGGAGACUCUGCAGCUUGCAGCAAGUAGAAGAAGUGAAAUGCCUGUUUAGAGUGCUUCCUAUAUGGGCAUCACAAAUCAUGUAUUGUGUUACCCUUGUUCAACUGCAUACCUAUGCCGUGUUCCAAGCCGUUCAAUCUGAUAGACGCCUCGGAAACAGCAACUUCAAGAUCCCAGCUGCAUCCUAUGUUGUCUUCAUGAUGCUUAGCCUGACCAUUUUCAUACCCGUAUACGAUCGAGCUGUCGUUCCAUUCCUUCGAAAAAUCAGAGGGAAAGAAGGGGGCAUUACAAUCCUGCAGAGGAUCGGUAUUGGGAUGUUUGUCUCCAUAUUCACCAUGCUUGUGUCUGGCAUGGUAGAACAACACCGAAGAAGCAUAGCUCUGACGAAACCGACCCUAGGAGUUGUGCCAAGGAAAGGUGCCAUUUCGUCAAUGUCAGCCUCGAUUUUAAUCCCUCAAUUCAUACUUGGUGGACUGACGGAAGCGUUUGCAUCCAUUGGCCUCAUUGAAUUCUACUACAAGCAGUUCCCUGAGAACAUGAAAAGCAUCGGAGGGUCUCUAUUCUACUGUGGGUUGGCAGGUUCAAAUUAUUUCAGUAGCUUGUUGAUCUUUAUAAUUCAUCGAACAACAAACCGCACAGCCACCGGAAACUGGUUAGAGGAGGAUCUGAAUAAGGGAAGAUUGGAUUACUACUAUUACAUAAUUGCUGGCCUAGGAAUCUUAAACUUGGGCUACUUUUUGUUAUGCGCAAGUUGGUAUAAGUACAAAGGAAACAGCGACAACACCCCUGAGCUUGAACUUCACGUUAAUGGCGAGAAACAGCAGUCUGAUAAACCUUAGUCUUAUGUUGAAUUGUAUUCAUAUAUAGAUGAUGUAUAGGUAGCUAGCUUAGAUGAAAACCCUUUAUUUCUUUGGCUUUAGAUUAUAAGAUCCAACAAGAAUAUGCAGUUGUAGGACUGAAGAGAAGCAGGAUAAUUUGAGGAGAUUUUGAUGUUGCAUCUAAUUCAUAUUCUAUUGACAUGUUCCUACGAAACAAGAAAAAUAAAAAGGAUAAGUGAGAAGCCAGAUUUCAUGA